AUGCGAGGUGGAAGUCAAGUCGUUACAUCCGUACCCAUCCAAGGCUCAACCUCAACAAUCCUUCCACUGCACGAGAUCCUUCUCGGGACCGAAAACUUCCUUACCGUCAACGCCAACACCACCAACACCAUCAUCAUCGACAAACUCAACACCAUCCCCACAUCACAUCCCCAUAACGACACACCCCACCGCAGUCCCCAUACGACCUCCGCCACCCCAACACUCACAAACAUCACACAUAGACCUGAAGCCCAGUUUAGGUUAUUACGCCGGCGCCUCCUUCCCGCGCUGACAGGAUUCCCUUUCCCUAAUUCCUCUCUGCUCUGA